AGAGCAGAAGAUUCAGCAUUAGACCAACUGUUUACAGACAGCGCAGAAGCAUCUAUUUUCCAGGCUGGACACAGAUUAUAUGAACAUGGAAAUAAACCAGGUCGACUCCUCUCAAGACUGGCAAAGAACAGAACUGCACUAGACGCUACACCUUCAUUAAGGACCAAUCGGGGGGGGGGGGGGGGGUGGAAUGAUUCACCACUAGGGAAAUAAAUACCAUUAGUGCUACCUGCCACUCUGCAGCUCAGACUUCAGCAAUAAUCCGGCUGACAUGCAAUCCUUUCUAGAUAAACUAUCUCUCCCAACAAUACAUGUAGGAGACAGAGGAUUACUAAGAAAUACAAGAGGCGGAUUAAAAGCCUUAACAAUGGGAAAUCCCCAGUUCCUGAUGGGUUUUAUAAGAAUUGUCAAGAUUUCUUAACGGAACCGCUACUCAGAAUGUAUACCAGGGGCAAACUCCCUCCCAUGUUAAACCAUGCUGAUAGGUAUCUCCUUCUUAAGAAAAACAAACCAGCUAUAGGCCUGUGUCUCUUAAUCAUGUGGCCAGAUCUUAUCCUUAGC